AUGUCUUCAACUCGAGAAGUAGAGCUUGAGGUCUCUCCACAGACCCUUGGAUACGCUCAUGAAGGCGGAUUGCGACGGCGUCAGUCGCCAGCAACCGAGCAGGCGGUUGAUGAAGAUACUGGAUACCCUCGAGUCUUGCAGGAGGCUCCAACGCUCCAAGAGCGCAAACAGAGUGUCAUCCUUGCGGUUGUUUCAAUUGUUGACAUCAUCAGUAGCUCUGUCACGAUGAUUGUGGCCUUUCAAUAUGCCUAUCGCGCUGUUGGCGCAUCGUUGUAUUGCCUUGGCUUCCAGUCCUUGUCCCACCUCUUGUCCUCGAUCCUGCUGACCUUGCGACUCAUCGGCGAGCUUCGCGUGCCGCAGGAUGCCGAGGAAGCAUUGCUGAGGUCCGAACGGAAACGGUUUCUGAUGCGGGAACAACUCCUCAAUGUUUUAAUGGGACUGUCCCUGCUGAUUGCUGCAGCGGCUCUGGUCUUCAAGGCAGCGAGGAAGAUCCGAUUCUGGGACAAGUGGUACCUGGAUCACAAAGACAUGGACCAACAGGCGCAAUGGGCCACCGAGUUCUUGGCUUGGUAUGGCUUCGCCUUCUACCUCCUCCAGGCCUUGGUGCGUUUUCUGCUGGGGCGAAAGCUUCGGAGAAACAUUGUGUGGAAUGCUUUUGUCACCUCAGUCAUUAGCCUGUUGUUUCUUCUUGUCAUGGGGAUUGCAGCUUCCUAUGAGAAGGAGUGGUCUUGGAAGGCAGAGCCCAUUUGUGCCAUUCUCCUUGCCAUGGUAUGCGUGAUUGAAGGCAUCCGCAUAACUAUUGCCAACAUGGACGACAUGAGCACGAGGAUGCGCUUCGACUCGCGAGCUUGA